GCCAGCGGGGCGGCGGGCGAGCGUUAGGUUUGAAUUCCAGGCGCGCGGCGCGGCGGGAAGGCGGGGCCGCGCGGGCGGGAGGGCGGUUGGGGCCGGGGCGAGGAGCCGUGGCUGAGGCGAUGGCGGCGGCGGUGGCGGCGGCAACGGGCCCGGCGCAGCUGCCGGCGCUGUGUAACUGGCGGCUGGCGGAGUUCCUGCGGCAGGUGGACGACACCGACCUGGUCUGGCUGCGCGAGAUCCGCGAGGAGGCGGCCAGGAUGUUCAGCAGCCACUACAGUGACGAGCCGGAGCUGAUGCCCAAGACGCCGUCGCAGCGGAACCGGCAGAGGAGGAAGCGCCUGUCCGCCCUGCAGGAGGAGACCCAGGAGCCGGGCAGGCGGAGAUUAUCUAGACGUCGGAAAAGCAGCAUCAAACCAGUGCGAUGUUCUCAAAGACUCCAAAAUAAAGAGAACUUGGAGCUAAUCAGGGCUGUGGCUGAAGAAGUCUCCCCACCUCAGCAGUUGACAAGACCCCAGACCGCAACGCCUAAGUGCUCCGAAGUGCCUGCUGAGAAGCCUUCUGUCCAGCCAGUAGAAGGGAAGAUUCCUUUAGUAGAAAUUGGUGUCAACGAUCGCCUCAGUGCUGAGUUACACCUGCAGAAGAGCACCUCUAAACCCGCAGAGGUCUCCACAACCAUCCCCUUGACCCCAAAAGAUGCUUCUCCAAAGGAAAGCACUCCUGCAAAAUUGCAGCCUGUGCUUGCAGCCUCUAUGCUGGUGGCUCCUCAUACUGCUGGGGCAAAAGACGCAGGAGAAAGCAGGGGUGCAUCUAAGUUGAAGAUAGCAAACGCAGCUGAUACUACAGUCACUGUAAAGGAAGAGCCUAGGGCGGAGGAGAUAGAUGUCUCCGCUCAGGUACCAGAGCGUAACGAGGGGUCUGAAAAGGAGCUUCCCCGGUGUAUAAGGGAUAGCCCAGGGACUCCUACAGGCUCUAGGCUGAGCCGCCGCUCUGUGCGCAGAAGCCUGAUGGGUAGACCUUCCACGAUUCGCAGGACCUCGUUGGCAGAGAAAUACUCGCUAGCCAGCAAAAGGGAAAGUAUGAUCCGGAAAUCUGUCAGCAGGACAAUGGUCAAGAGGAAGGCAGCUCGAAAGUCAUCCGUGUCCUCCAGUCGCAUGAACUGUCCCAGCCCUGGAGAGGUGCCAGCGGAUGAAGAAAAAAUUGUCGAAACUGGGCCUCAUUCUGGACCUUGUACUCCCUCAAAGUUGAAUGUCCAAAGUCCGAGAAUGUCACUUCGCACUCGGAACCUCAACAGAAAUGAACAGCUGCAGGAGACUAGUAACAAAGAAAGCAACUUAAAUAAGAAUGGGGAAACCCAGGAACCACCCCAGAGUGCCAGGAGAAAGCCAAGUUACAAAAGAGCUGUAGAUCAACGCUAUGACCAUCAGCAAGCAGAAGAUGGAGGGCUUUCUCCUCCAAGGAGAAAGACCCCAUCCCCUCCCUGUCCAGCCAGCAAAGUUGUACGUCCUUUCAAAACAUUUUUGCACACCGUGCAGAAGAACCAACUCCUCAUGACCCCAUGUUCUGUGGGGAGAAAUGGUGUAAUGAAAUCAUUUAUCAGGUACAACACUCCUCUCCAAAACGACCCGAAGGAAAAGGAGAGGCAAAAGCUAGAGACUCUGAGGAAGAAGCAAGAGGCUGAGCAGCUGAGAAAACAGAAAUUGGAGGAAGAAAAGAAACGGCGGCUAGAAGAGGCAAAGCUGAAGCGUGAGGAGCGUCUGCGCAAAGUGCUGCAAGCUCGGGAACGGGCAGAGCAAAUGGAGGAAGAGAGGAAAAGGCGCAUUGAGCAGAAGCUAGCUCUGUUUGACGAGAAGACUGAGAAGGUGCGGGAAGAAAGGUUGGCAGAGGAAAAAAUCAAGAAGAAAGCAGCUGCCAAGAAAAUGGAAGAUGCAGAGGCCCGGCGCAGGCAUGAUGAAGAGGCCAGAAAACAAAAAGCACUGCAGCAGGAGGAGGAGGAACGUCGGCACAGAGAGCUAAUGCAGAAGAAGAAGGAAGAAGAGCAGGAACGUGCUAGGAAGAUUGCUGAGCAGAGACAGGCAGAACAGGAGAGAGAGAAACAGCUGGCUGCAGAGAGAGAGCUGGAGAGGAAGAAGGAACAGGAGAGGAUCCAGGCAGAAAAGCAACGCGAACAGCAGGAGAAGGCUGCUUGCCUACAGAAGGAGGUGCUGGCUGCUAAAGAACAGCUCCAGAAGGAGGUGGAGAAGAAAGAACAGGAGGAGCGGUGGCUAGCAGAGAUGAAGAGGCAGGAGCGGGAAGAGAAGACACUGCCAGAGGAACAAAAGGCUAAAGACGUAGCCCAGACCCAGCUCCUGGAAAAGAAAGAGAAUUCUCCUGUAUGCAAUUCGUACCAGAUGACUCCACAGGCCCUGAAAGGUCCUAAACCCCCCAAGAUAAAUCCAAAUAACUAUGGAAUGGAUCUGAAUAGUGACGACUCUACGGAUGAUGAAAGCCAGCCCCGAAAGCCCAUUCCUGCCUGGGCUAGUGGGAAUCAGCUUAGCCAAGCUGUAAUCCGCCAGUACUACAACCCGCCCAAUGUUGAUGCACUCUUUGGGGCGAUUGUGAGCCCUAAGCUGGAGGACAUCUUUUACAAAAGCAAACCACGCUACUUCAAGCGCACAAGCUCGGCUGUCUGGAAUUCCCCACCAUUUGCAGGUGCCAAAUCAGUUCUAGGUCUGCCAUACAGCCUGAAAAAGUACUGAGGUGGGCAAUGGCUGUCUCCUGUGGAAUAGUGGGUAUGUAUUUCUGUCCUUCUAGGCGAGGAAAAAGUUACUAUUCAGUGUCUGUAAAUCUUUAGGUAUUAGCAUUGAAUAAAUGUCAGCUCUUACUGGGCCUUUUGUAUUUUCUGUUUUGGGGGGUUAUUUUCUCACUGCUCAGCAAAACCAAACUUUUGGGAGAUCUUGCUGCUGAAAGAUGCAUCUCCUUUUAACCUUAGCCUGAAGUUGGAAACGUUUAGACCUUUAGGUCAUCAGAACUUAUCACUUAAAGCAACGUGAUCCUCCCCUCUUCAGCCAAGCAGGCCUGGUAGCUGCUGCCGCUGGCUGUAGAGGUUGUAUGUCGGUACUGUUCCUGCCCAUCUUGAGGCUGAAACCAGAGUUCUUGCACAGCUAAGGAUGGGUAGAAUCCAAAUAUGUGCUACUGAACUGCUCCAAGAACAAGAUACUAGCAGGUAUGGUCUUCAUCUGCAAGUUGCAAAAAUAAUUUGAUCGUUUUUCACUCAGACUUUAUGCCAACAUCAAGUGCAAUUGUAUGGAUAAACUGUAUUGAUAAUGAUGUUACCACAGCUCUGGGAAGUUAUUGUGAGGAUUUCUCUCUACUGACCUUUAAUUCUUGGAGAAAGACCCUCCAUGUAACUGUCUCCAGAAAAAUCUAAACUAGCACAAGCCGGCUUUGUUAUUCUAGGCUUCUUUAAAUGAAAUUAUACAGAGGUUCUGAUAGAUUUUUCCCUCCCCCCAACUUAAAUUUCAUGUUUUUAGCACAGAUUGGAUUGAAAUGAUGAGUUUAGCCUUAAUCCCUGGCUUGCUCUUUUCUCCCCUGUGCCUGUUUCAUUUACUCAGCAUCAAAGGUGGCUUUAUUUUUAGGCCUCUAUUUUGCACUUCACAUACUCCAUAAGACAGUGUCAGAUGGAGUAUUAUCAAAACCCAUCUCUUAAUGGUAAAAUCUCAGCUCAGAUUUUAAGCUCCAAGAUCACUUGUUAUUUUGGUCGGUCUUUCUACACCUAAUUCACAAAUGGCACAGACUUGUGCGUUCUGUGCAAUGAGCUCCUUUUUGUAAAGAGACUAGAGGCCUCACUAGAGCACUACUUACUGAAGGCUUUUUAAAGGAAAUAGUUGCAUUAUUUCUCUAGGUGGUUGUGGAAAUUUGUCUUGUGCAAAGGCAACCUAUCUAGUUCUUACCUCAGAUUCAUCUUUUUCUUGAGGCUUGAUUUGUUUUAAAGAUGAACAAAUAUGUUUGUGGUUGCAAUUCUAGCAGGCAAAAGACUAAAGACUACCUUUUUUAUGUACAUAUAAACUGUAUUGGAGACUAUACAACAUGUGAGGAAACUGUACCUUCCCUUGUGCAUGUAGUUAAUGGACUGUUUUCAAGAAGAUGUUUUUAAAACUGUGGGUCUUUAUGUCAAAAUACAGCAACUGCUAGAUGCUAUGCUAUUGAUCAGUGUAUAACUGAGAUGAUUGUGCUUUGAUAGAUGCUCUGUAGAUUGAAUUUUGUACUACAAUCUUAAAUGACCGUAGAACCUUUUUGUAAGAAAGCUUACUGAAGUGACCAACAUCCUAAAUGUUGAAUGCCCUUUGAAUAUUUGAUAAAAGUGAGUUAAAUCA